AUGUCUUCCCCCGCCAACCCCGAACCCACUGUGUCCACUCCAAUCGCCGCCCCUAACCCCGCACCGGCCAAAAAAAUCACUCUGAAGACUGCCGACGGCAACUACUUUGAAGUGGAGGAGCAAGUGGCUAUGGAAUUCGCUACUGUGAAAACCUUCUUCGACGACAACACUGAGGCAACGUUCGGCACGGUAAUUCCGUUGCCAAACGUGUCGGCCGAACCUCUUUCCCACAUCAUCCAAUACUGCAAAAGAAACUUGAUGUUUCGCGCUGAAUCGGCCCCGGAGGAAGCCAGGAAGGUGUACGAUGCUGAAUUCGUGAAGGAGCUGAGCAACGAGCAACUGAGAGAGUUGAUAUUGGCGGUUAACUAUCUAGACAUCAAGAAUUUGCUGGAUGUGCUUAAUCAGGCCGUGGCUGAUAGGAUCAAGAACAAGAGCGUGGAAUACGUGAGACAGUUCUUUGGGAUCGAGAAUGAUUUCACGCCGGAAGAUGAGGCCAGGCUUCGCGAGGAGAAUGCUUGGGCUUUUGAGGGUGUUGAUGAAGACUGA